UUUUUUUUUUCAGGCUUCCACUUAAGUGGCAUAGUAACUGCGCCUAAGAAUUCUAGUAAUAAUACACACCCUAGUUAUUCAGAAAUUGAAAAAAGAUGUCGAGUGUCUAUUACAUUUGACAGGUGUAAAAUAACAUCAGUAACUUGUACAUGUGAGACAAAAGAUAUUUUCUGGUGUCAACAUGUUGUAGCAUUAGCUCUUUAUAGGAUUCGAAAUGCCGAUAGUGUAAGACUUCGAGUACCUAUUUCAGAAACACUACUGCAGUUAGAUCGGCAGCAGUUACAAAAAUUGGUACAGUAUCUCAUAGCGGAGCACCACACAGAAGUUCUGCCAACUGCACAAAGGCUAGCAGAUGACAUCCUUCAAACUAAAUCACUAAUAAACAGAAUUGCCGGAGCUCCUGAUCCAACAGCAGGAGCUCCGGCGGAUGAAGAACAUAGCUGGCAUCUUGACGAAGAACAAGUUGGGGAACAAGUUCGUACAUAUCUGUCUCAGGGAAGCUACUAUAGUGCUAACAAACAGCUCAACUGCCUUUUUUCCAAAGUUAAGGAAAUGUUGAGAGCAAAAGAUUCCAAUGGUGGGAGAAUGUUGCGCUUAAUAACAGAACAGUUCCUAGCAGAUCCACGACUGGUCAUCUGGCAUUCUCAGGGCACACCCAUGACUGACAAAUGUCGGCAGUUAUGGGAUCAAUUAGGUGCAUUAUGGGUGUGUAUAGUCCUCAAUCCCCACUGCACUGCUUCCGAACGUGCACAUUGGAAAAGCUAUUUAGAAAAAUGGGCUGCUAUGCAUGUUUGCCCUUUAGAGGAUGCAGACUUCAGGCCAAUGAGGGGAACUAACAACAACCGGAGGCCUUUGGUGGAUGACAGUUCAUCUGAUUCAUCUGAUGAUGAAAAUGAUCAUCCUAGAGACAGACCACUUACUGCAUCAGGGCAUCAUCGACCUGUUACAGCACCUCAGUUAAGAACAAUCUUCCAUCGAGCGCUAGAAGCCUGCCACUUGAGCUGGGAUGAUCCUCAUCUUAAAUUCAUUCUAAAUAAUGAUAGCCUUAAUUCUAACAAUGAAACUCCUCUUUUAGGGGCCUUCAAUUCUCAGGGAUACCCCCUGUGGCCAGAACAUAUCCCAACAGCAUGUGCUCGAGUAGAAGCAUUAAGGUCACAUGGUUAUCAGCCAGAGGCUCUUAGGCUAGCUGUCGCCAUCGUAAGAACUAUGAAACGUCAACAAAGAGAGUGGCAAUGUCGGUGGCAAGCUGAACAAGAUAGAGGGGUUGCUCCUUGUUCAAGUUCAGGUAUAACUAGCAAUCCAUUACAUUACAACUCUGAGGGUUGGAUAGGGCAUCCCCUAGAUCCAGUAGGUGCUCUUUUUGACACAUUAGCUGAAUCUUCUUUGGUUCCUGAAACUAAAUCUUUUGAUCAGUACUAUGAUGUAACUAUAUCAAAUUCAUCAAAUGACGAAGGUAAUCUGACUCCACGUGAAAGACCUAGGUAUCAUCAUGUGUCUGUACCUGGAAGUAGAGACCGAAGUGAAACAUAUUUAUCGCUAGCUGUGGAAGCAGCUCUCAUUGGGUUAGGUCAGCAACGAGUGAUGCCUCUUGGGUUGUAUGCACAGGAAAAAGCUUGCAAGCAUGAAGAUCGCCUCAUUACAAAAUUGCACGAUAUUGAAUUGGAUGGAACGCUAGUUGCUGUGCUUCGAAAACAAGCCAUGCUCUUACUUGAAGGUGGUCCAUUCAGUGGUUUAGGCUGUGGCAUUCAUCCAGAAAGUGUUCCAAUGCAUACAUUUGCAAAGUAUUUGUUUACUGCCAUGCUUCCAUACGAUUCAGACUUAGCAUACAGUGUGGGUCUUCGUGCAAUGAGGUUGCCCAUUUUAGAAGAACAUGAAGAUUCAGAAGAAAUGGUUAUAAACCCUUCUUUAAAUCCUUCUGUUCUUAGUCGUUAUCCCAGGUGGUUUACAUUAGGGCAUAUAGAAGUUCAACAGUGUGCUCUAGCUUCAACAAUGCUUUCUGCUGCUAAAAGUGAUGUUGUAAAGCUACAAACAGUUUUAAAAUCAGCUCAGCGUAAUAUUCAUAGUUCCACACAAUUGUUCAAACUUGCCCAAGAUGCUUUUCGCAUAGCUGUUCCCCCUGAUGGAGGUGGAAGACAUUCUACAUUGUUAGAUGCUGCUUUUCAAUUAGGAUUACAGGUUAUGCGAAUGACAUUAUCAUCAUUGAACUGGAAGAGGAGAGAAAUGGUUAGAUGGUUAGUAACAUGUGCUACAGAGUUAGGUUUGGAAGCAGUGAUAUCAAUAAUUCAAAAUUGGUAUCAAUUAUUCACUCCAACUGAAGCUACAGGCCCUGUUGCAACUACUGUUAUGUCUCAUGCUACAGUAAUGCGUCUGAAUUUGGACUUUCGGCAGCAGGAAGAAUUAUCCAGUUGUGCUCGUACUUUAGCUCUUCAGUGUGCCACUAAAGACCCUCCUAACUGUGCUUUGAAUGCUUUAACCUUGUGUGAAAGUGAACCGUUUGCUUUCGAAGCUGCAUACCAGAUAGUGGUAGACGCAGCAACAACAAAUGUAAUGACUUCUUCCCAACUUUUUACUGUAGCUCGUUACAUGGAACACCGUGGCUAUCCCCAUCGGGCUUAUAAACUUGCUGUAUUAGCCAUGAAGGGUGUUCACCUCGCCUACAACCAGGACAAUCACCCUGCCAUAAAUGACAUCCACUGGGCUUGUGCUCUUGCCCAUUCAUUGGGAAAAUCUGAGCUGACAAAUCUUGUACCACUUCUUGUGAAAAACGUGCAAUGUGCCACUGUGCUUUCUGAUAUACUUAGACGUUGUUCAAUGGCUGCGCCAGGUAUUGCCACCUUGGACGCUAAGCGACGCUGUAUCAAACCUCUAUCUCUGGACAAACCUCCUUUGCGUCAGCUUCUGGAGGCUGCCAUAUCAGCAUAUGUGAAUACAACUCACUCCCGUCUGACGCACAUAAGUCCGCGCCACUAUGGUGACUUUAUAGAGUUCCUGGGAAAAGCGAGAGAGACGUUCCUAUUGGCGCAAGAUGGCCACAUUCAGUUUGCGCAAUUAGUUGACAAUAUGAAGUCGGCAUAUAAAGGAAAGAAAAAGCUCAUGCUACUAGUCAAGGAAAGGUUUGGCUAGCUAAAUAUAUUAAACAUUUCAGCAGCCUUGUGUUUUUCUUUUUCCCCUUUUUUGUACUACAAACUUCAUUCGGGUCAAUUAUAUUACCCGCAAAGCUGUGAUUUGCUGUUUCUGUGGACAGAGAGGGCUACCUGAUUUUUGGGUUUAGCCUAUCUAAUGUAUUGUUCCAGGUGAGCAAUAGGAAAUCGCCUUUUGUCAGUUACUAUAUAAACAGAUUCUGCAGGACAGAAUAGAAGCUGUUAUACAUAUAAAGUGAAUAGAUAAUUAUGACAAAAGAAAUAAGGUAACAUUUACUGGAAUAUUUAAAUAUCAGGUUGUGUUAUAUUACUUUAUAACAUUUCUCAUAUUUCUGAAUUCUUUUCCUUAUUUUUUUUUAAUUCAGGAAUGGCUAAAUAUCUUUAGACAGAAUGGGACUUCCAUUACAGAAAUAUGGAGGGGAACAAAAAAAGAAUUAGUUAAAAAUGUGAUAAGAAUUUUAUAUAAAUUCAUGUGUGUGUGGUAAAUGUAAAACAAAAAUACAAAUUUUUUGAUUUGAUGAGAUUUUAUAUUGAGUUCUUUUAUUUGAGAAAUGUAUAAAUAAAUAAAUAAACAAGUUUUUAUUGUAUUCUAAUAUUAUAAGAAAGAGAAGGAAGCUAUUAAAUUACUGUAUGUGUGUGUAUGUGCUAAAUGUAAAAGAAAAAUUUCCUUAUUAUUAUUAUUAUUUUUUUUUUUAAUUUGACGCAGAAUUUUGAUGAUUUGUAUAAUAAACAUUGGCUUUUGAAACUGCAUACCAUCUAGUAGUGGAGCUGCAGCAAUAGCAAAUGUAAAAACUUCUCAACUUUUUACAACAAUUCGUUACAUGGGAACGGGGAAAUUUUUUUGUAAUAUUCUAGGAAAGGAAGAAAACUCUUUUAUGAUGUAUGUGUGUGUAUUAAAUAUAAAAGAAUUUAUAAGAAUAUAUUAUUUUUUAAAGAAACUUAUAAAUAAAUACAGGAACAAAUAUAUAUUGGAUAUUCUAAAAAAAGAAAGGAAACUGUUAGCGAGUUUAUAAGGGAAGGCCAAAUUCUGAAAAAUCUAUAUGUAAUUUUAAUUUCUAUAUCUUAAGUUGUGGUUAACCUCUUUUUAUUCAGAGUUAUUUAUUACAUAAACUUCAAAAUAAACUGAAUUAAAAAAAGUCUAACUCUUUGUGAGUAAUAAAAUAUAUUCCUGUAAAUGUUGCCUUAUUAUGUAUAACAACUUGAUUGGUUUAGAAGUCUUCUGCAGACUUACUUCUCAGUGUAUUUGAAAGCAAAGCAAAAGGUAUGAAAAAGAUAACUUAAAAGCCUUGAAAUUAAUUUUUCAAAAUAUAUUUUACUCUGUUACCAGAGUUAUCUUUUGAGAAGGUUUUUGUUGCAUGCAAAAUGCUAAUUUCUACCUCACUAAUAUUUUCUUUUGUACAAAAUACAUUUUAAGUUUGUGGCCAAUUCUUCAGUCAACAGUGGCAAAGAACACAAGAAACACCUAUGCAAAAAUGUACUUGUUGACACAUUUCAUACAAAUAUUCUUGUUCUGAUGUAUGUUACUUGACCAUUGAUGUGAAUAGUUAUUUUUAUUAACAUUGUGCUGAUUUUAUAUUUAUUUUCAAAAUAUUUCUCACAUACUCCAUUUAUGCUAAAGUUUUAUGUACUACUUAAAAAUUUAUGGUUAUAUUUUUGUUGAAUUAUUUGACUUUGAAUAUAAAAAUAUUUAGUGAGGCAAAUUUGUUUGUAAACUAAUUAUGUAUUUCUGUACAUGAAAUGGAUUUGUGAUUCAGUUUUUGUAUGUAUUAAAAUGAG